AUGCUGCCAGCAAGUGGCUUCUCCAGAGCUCUGCGAGACGCCGCGCCUGGCUUGUCAAGACGCUUCUUCGAAUGCAGCAGCCGACGGCACGCCUCGCAAAAUAGCAUCGCGAAGGGACAAUCAAUACUCAAUGAACAAGCUCGAAGACCCAGCACAUCACCGACGAAGCCCACGAGAUACCUCUCUACUACGAAGCUAUGCUCUCCGUCCAGUCACUACACGCGACCCCCUUUUCCAGCCCAAUACUUCCGGGCAUUUACCCAAUCUACAAGAGCCAGGAGAACAACCACUUCGGAGGCGAGUGAUCGUGCGAAUGCAGAGAAUCAGGGUAGUGGAAAGCACGGGGACGAGACGAAGAGCAAAGAAUCCUUUUUCCCAGACGCAUCAUCGAACACGGUGGCCUACUGGCUGCUAGGGAGUGCGGCCAGUGUCUUUGGGAUCGUGGUAUUUGGAGGUCUUACAAGACUUACAGAGUCUGGCCUGAGCAUCACCGAGUGGAAACCAGUCACCGGCUCUCUACCCCCCAUGUCUGAGGCAGACUGGGAGUCCGAAUUCGCCAAAUACCGCUCCAGUCCGGAGUUCAAGAUGCUCAACUCACGCAUGACGCUCGACGAGUUCAAGUCUAUCUACUGGAUGGAAUGGAUCCAUCGCAUCUGGGGCCGCUUUGUUGGCCUCUCCUUUGUGCUACCCGCGGCUUUCUUUAUUGCGAGGAGGCAGGUCUCCAGAUCUAUGGCCGUCAGACUGCUCGGUAUAGCUGGAUUGAUCGGGUUCCAGGGCUUUAUCGGCUGGUGGAUGGUCAAGUCCGGCCUGAAGGACGACCUUUUCGCUCCAGGUUCGCACCCACGUGUGUCGCAGUACAGAUUGACCGCGCAUUUGGGUGCGGCCUUUAUUUGUUAUCUCGCCAUGUUCUGGAACGGUCUCGACAUCUUGCGGACGAACAAGAUCCUGCGUGCGACUCCUGACACAGCGAACGCGACCCUGAAUGCUCUGAAGAAUCCCGCGCUGAGGCCUUUCAAGCGCUACGUUGCCGUCCUUGCCGGUCUAGUCUUCAUCACCGCAAUGUCUGGGGGGCUGGUGGCUGGUCUAGAUGCAGGCUUGAUCUACAACGAGUUCCCAUAUAUGGGCUUAGGACUUACGCCGCCAAAGACCGAGCUCUGGGACAAAUUCUACAGCCGUGCAGCUGAUAACAGCGAUCUUUGGUGGCGCAACAUGCUCGAGAACCCCAGCCUCGUUCAGCUCGACCAUCGGAUUCUCGCAACCACCACAUUCACAGCAGUCAUGGCUCUGUGGGCUUUCGCACGCUCCGGCGCUAUGCAGAAAGUUCUUCCUCGGGCGGCGCAACGAGGUGUCCACGGAGUUGUCGGCUUCGUCUUCUUGCAGGUCACCUUGGGCAUUACUACACUGCUGUAUUUGGUGCCUACGGGGCUGGCAAGCGCGCAUCAGGCGGGCAGUCUCGCGCUACUGACCUGGACAAUCGUGCUGGGCAGUCGGGUCUGGUUUCCAACACAAGCUGCGCGCAUCUUGGCUCAACGAACUGCGACGCAGGCAAACUUGGGCAGCAGGUCUACACAAAAUGCCACAGAGAUGCUUAAAGCGAAGUCGAAUGGAUUGCUUCCUGCGAGACCCGCCGCGCUGGCAACUGCGGGAAUCAUGCCUCUUGUAACGGGAAUAGGUCUGAUUUUAUCGACCGAAGCCGAAGGUACACUUCGAGACCAGCUGUCCAAACGAGGCCUGCAGAAAUUGUCGCGCUCGAGAGAUGAGCGGGUGCGAUCGACGUGA